CUAUUCACAAAACCAUACCGAAACAAAACAUAACCAAAAAAUAAAAGUAUGGAACUCUUACUUCCACAUGCUUCGAACUCAACACCUCUCACCGUCCUCGGGUUCUUAGACCGAGCCGCCUCUGUCUACGGCGACUGUCCGUCCAUCGUCCACACCCCAAACACCGUCCACACUUGGUCCGAAACCCAUAACCACUGUCUUCGAAUCGCCUCCGCUCUCACCUCCUCAUCUCUCGGAAUUAACCGAGGCCAAGUCAUCUCUGUCGUUGGCCCCAACGUCCCCUCCGUCUACGAGCUUCAGUUUGCUGUCCCAAUGUCCGGAGCCGUCUUAAACAACAUCAACCCGCGUUUAGACGCACACGCACUCUUUGUCCUCUUACGUCACAGUGAAUCCAAACUCGUUUUCGUCGACCCUAACUCCAUCUCCUUAGUCCUCGAAGCAGUGUCGUUCUUUGGACAACACGAGAAACCUCACCUCGUCCUCCUCGACGACGACCAAGAGGACGGCUCUUCUUCUGCUUCGGCCGCAUCGGAUUUUCUUGACACGUACGAAGGAAUCAUGCAGAGAGGAGAUUCAAGAUUCAAGUGGAUCCGUCCUAAGACAGAGUGGCAGCCAAUGGUUCUCAACUACACUUCUGGAACGACGUCUUCCCCCAAAGGAGUAGUUCUCAGCCACAGAGCUAUUUUCAUGCUAACCGUUAGCUCCAUGCUUGACUGGUCAUUACCAAACCGGCCAACAUACUUGUGGACUCUACCGAUGUUCCACGCCAACGGCUGGGGUUACACGUGGGGAACGGCCGCGGUUGGAGCCACCAGCGUGUGCACCCGUAGAGUCGAUGCGCCUACUAUUUACAACUUGAUCGAUAAGCAUGACGUGACUCACAUGUGUGCCGCGCCGAUGGUUCUCAACAUGCUAACCAACUACCCAUCUCGUAAGCCGCUCAAGAACCCGGUUCAGGUUAUGACCGCCGGAGCUCCACCUCCGGCAGCCAUCAUAUCCAGAGCAGAGUCUCUAGGUUUCAACGUCGGUCAUGGAUACGGUUUAACAGAAACCGGAGGCCCGGUGGUGUCAUGUGCAUGGAAGUCUGAGUGGGAUCAUCUUGAUCCAUUGGAAAGAGCUAGACUUAAAUCAAGACAAGGAGUAAGAACCAUCGGAUUUGCAGAAGUCGAUGUCAGAGACCCUAUAACCGGGAAAAGCGUAGAACACGACGGCGUAUCUAUAGGAGAGAUCGUAUUGAAAGGCGGAUCGGUUAUGCUGGGUUACUACAAAGACCCGGAAGGAACCGCGGCGUGUAUGAGAGAGGACGGAUGGUUCUACACGGGAGACGUUGGGGUAAUACAUAAAGACGGUUACUUGGAGGUUAAAGACCGGUCAAAGGAUGUGAUCAUAUGCGGAGGAGAGAACAUAAGCAGCGCGGAGGUUGAGACGGUUCUGUAUACAAAUCCGGUUGUGAAGGAAGCUGCGGUGGUUGCUAAACCGGAUAAGAUGUGGGGAGAGACACCGUGUGCUUUCGUGAGCUUGAAGUAUGACAAUAACGGUGACGGGUCGGUGACAGAGAGGGAGAUAAGGGAGUUUUGUAAGACGAAGUUGCCAAAGUAUAUGGUGCCAAGGAAAGUGAUUUUUCAGGAGGAGCUUCCUAAGACAUCCACUGGAAAGAUUCAAAAGUUUCUUCUCAGACAAAUGGCUAAGUCCCUGCCUUAAAAAUCCGAUUUCAAGUUAUUGAGGAUAUGCAAAAUCUCUAUGAAUGAAUUAGUAUAAAGAUCACUUGUCUUUUGUGAUGUAUUAUUGUACCUUAAGAAGGGAUUACACGAGUUGUUAAUCAUGUUUGCCGUUAUCGUUAUAAGAUUUGCAAAGAUGAAACUGUUAA